AGAACGCUGUUAGGAAAUGUGUGCAUGCUCCUGAACCCUGAGUGGUUCUGGUUUCUUGUAAUCUUCGCCUCCCAUUGGGCGGAGUGAGGGCCUUUAAGAGCAGCUGGAAUGCAGUUCCCCUGAUCAGCGCAGCCAGUUGUUGCCCGUCUGAACCUCUGCCAGUCUUGGAGAGCAGUGCUCUGAGCUCAAACCAGCGGGCCUCAUUCUGCACCCUUCACCACCACCCUUCUCGCCGGAGCAACAAGCAGCUCCCAGCGGGAAAGAAAUUUCCCACCUGUCCAGCCAUGGGAGAGGACGCUGCACAAGCCGAAAAGUUCCAGCACCCGGGUUUUGACAUGGAGCAGGAGAAACCACCGAGCCCCAGUCCGAUGCCCUCCUCCACGCCGAGCCCCAGCCUGAACCUGGGACACACGGAGGAGGCCAUCCGGGACAACUCGCAGGUGAACGCCGUCACGGUGCUCACGCUCCUGGACAAGCUGGUGAACAUGCUGGACGCGGUGCAGGAGAAUCAGCACAAGAUGGAGCAGCAGCAGAUCAGCCUGGAGGGCUCCGUGAAGGGCAUCCAGAACGACCUCACCAAGCUCUCCAAGUACCAGGCCUCCACCAGCAACACGGUGAGCAAGCUGCUGGAGAAGUCCCGCAAGGUCAGCGCCCACACGCGCGCGGUCAAGGAGCGCAUGGAGAGGCAGUGCGCGCAGGUGAAGCGCCUGGAGAACAACCACGCCCAGCUGCUUAGACGCAACCAUUUCAAAGUGCUCAUCUUCCAGGAAGAAAAUGAGAUCCCUGCCAGUGUGUUUGCAAAGGAGCCAGUUUCUAGCCCAACGGAAGGGAAGGAGGAGCUUGCUGAUGAGAACAAGUCCCUGGAGGAAACCCUGCACACGGUGGACCUCUCGUCAGAUGAUGAAUUGCCCCACGGUGAGGAGGCCUUGGAAGACAGUGCAGAGGAAAAGACGGAGGAAAGCAGGGCAGAGAAACUAAAAAGAUCCAGCCUCAGGAAAGUGGAUAGCCUCAAGAAAGCCUUUUCUCGCCAGAACAUUGAGAAAAAGAUGAACAAGCUGGGCACAAAGAUCGUAUCUGUAGAGAGGAGAGAGAAAAUUAAGAAAUCUCUCACGCCAAAUCACCAGAAGAUAUCCUCAGGGAAAGGCUCCGCCUUCAAGGUUUCUCCCCUCACUUUUGGUCGGAAGAAAGUCCGAGAGGGAGAAAGCCCCACAGAGAAUGAGACCAAGUCGGAAGACAUGCCUAGCAGUGAGCAGAUGCCCACCGAUCAGGAGGAGGGCUCGCUUGCAGAGGGUCUUUCCGAGGCGUCCCUCCCCGGAGCCCUGGGGGACGGGGAGAGGGCAGAGGGGGCUGCUGAGAAGAUGGCUUUGAGGGGAAGUAACUCGGGGAUGGACAGCAACAUCGACCUUACUAUUAUGGAAGAUGAAGAAGACGAGUCAGUGGCUCUGGAACAGGCGCAGAAGGUGCGCUACGAAGGUGGCUACAUGCUAACGUCCGAGGAGACAGAGCGGUCGGAUGAGGAGCCCGCACAGCCGGCUGUGCUGCGGGUGCACCAGACCGCGUGAGUGCACAGCCCCCUGAGCGCACCAGACCGCCUGAGUGCACAGCCCCCUGAGCGCACCAGACCCCGUGAGUGCACAGCCCCCUGAGUGCACAGCGCCCUGAAUGCACAGCUCCCUGAGUGCGCCAGACCGCCUGAGUGCACAGCCCCCUGAGCGUACAGCCCCCUGAGUGCACAGCGCCCUGAAUGCACCAGACCGCCUGAGCUCACCAGACCGCCUGAGUGCACAGCCCCCUGAGCGCACCAGACCGCCUGAGUGCACAGCCCCCUGAGUGCACCAGACCGCCUGAGUGCACCAGACCGCCUGAGCACACGGCCCCGAGUGCACAGCCCCCUGAGUGCACAGCGCCCUGAAUGCACAGCUCCGAGUGCGCCAGACCACCUGAGUGCACAGCCCCCUGAGUGCAUAGCCCCCUGAGAGCACCAGACCGCCUGAGUGCACAGCCCCCUGAGCCCAGCCGGUGCUGCCAGUCAAGGGGCCACCAGGGCCCGGAAGCAACUCCUGCACGGCCGCAGAACUACCCGCUCACGACUGUGCCCCUGUGCGGGCCGUGGUAACUUACCACGUAGUAACAGCAUAGGAAAGACCAAGGUUUACUAUGAAAGUGACCUGUCAGAGGUCCACAUUUUAUUUGCUCUUAGGUUCUGGUUCUGUAGAAUUUCUCCGAAAUUGCCAGGAAGAAGACGUGGAGUAGUUAAAAAACACUGAUCCAUUUGGCUUAGUCAGAAAAACCAGAGGCUUCUUAAGAUACUUGCCAUGAAAUGCGAUUCAUUUAUUUGUCAUUCUCUAUGCUUGCUGAGUAGUGUACCAGUAAUAUGUUGAAUUCCCAUAGCUGUCUGUGAAUCUAAUUAUUACUCGUUAGGUGUAUGAUAUAUAAUAUACAUAAAUAUGUAAGCUAAAGACAUAACUAAAUAUUUUAAGAAAACAUUUGCAAGAAGCAGAAGAGAAUGUUCAGUUGAUUAUUCACUUAGAAACCACUGUUUUAUUGCAAACAAAGGAAAAAUUGAAAGACUGUAAUAGUGAGCUAAGAAAGGAAGAUAUGUAGUAAAGAGUCAGAACUAUAAGAAAACUAAGGAGGAAAACUUGGAAAAUAAGAGAAACAGAAAACAAAGAAUGUCAAAGAGAAUGAAGACAGAGAAAAAAGUAUGUGCUUAAAAGUAAAAUAUUUACAAUAUUAGCUUAACUAUUUUACUCCUUAAGUAACAAUACUAAAGAAGUUCAUAUGUCCUGGAAUAAUAUGUUAUGUGUUCACAAUAUUUUUAUUUUCUAAUAUUUUCAAAUACUCAUAACAAACAUAUUUACAGUGUUAAAGCUGCAUUUUUUUCUUAGUAAAUAAAAGAUAUUACAAAUAUUUCUCUAAGGAAGUUCAAAGGGAUGUUGUCUUUUUAACAUUGGAAUGAAUAUAAAUCUUCAAAAAAUAAUAUUUACUGCCAUUGAUAGGAAGGUGUAUCAUACUAUUCUUUAAUAUAAUAUUUUCCAGAUUUGAAAUAACCCUUACUACAAAUGAUGUCAUGUAGGUUUAUAAAAUGUUACAAUCUAUACGUCUGGGAAGGUUUUUCCUUUUUUUGUACGUAAUGGUAAUUUCAUUCCAGGUCGUAUUUAUAUGUUAAUUUCACAGAAUAUUAAUAUAUUUCUUAACUACUUAAAGCAUGCUAGUGUUUUAUGUACACAUUUAUUCAGAUGGUAAUUUUUUACUGUUGCCUAACAUUAUACUAAAAUAUUGCUUUAUCUAUUUUCAGUUACAAAAUGCUAAUGUUUUGUUAAAUUAUAGUUUAAAGACAGUUAACCAGGGAACAAAUUUCCUACCUUUAUUAUGUAACACUAUAAGUAACUUACAAAUAGAGGUAAUAUAAGACAAUAUUAACUAUGCUUUGUCUUUAACAAAAAGGAUAGGAUUAACAAACAUGUUGGUAACGUAACCUAUUCAGCUAUGUCCUUAUUUUUGUGAUAAUGUAACCUCAAAUAUUGGAUUGUUGAACUAACAAAGGCUAUGUUAAAGAAGAUUAAAUAAACUAAAAAAUAAAAAGUA